GUCGUGACAACCGGCGCUCACAGAAAAGUCUGCAGACUCAAAUCUGACUUCUUGACUGCUAAAGUUUCCUCCUAAAAGCCUUAAAGUUUACACUCCUGUAACAACAACUCUUACCUCUUGUUGCGCUCAAAUGGAAUCCGGUGAAUUAUAUUCAAAGAGGUUAAUAAUAACGUCAAGCACCGCCGGUUAAAAUGCUGUCGACCUGCAGAGGUGUUGCUGCAGCCCCGAGAGGGCUCGGAGGAGCUCCGGAGCUGGAGCCGGGGACAGGGCGACAGAGCGGCCGCCUCAGAGGAGCUCAAAGCCGGGAAGGGAGACGAGAAGGGCUCGGUGUUCAGGAGUGGCGCGACUUGUCCAGAUAUGAGGGAGACUUUGUGAAUGGGUUCAAACACGGCAAAGGGAGGUACACCUGGAGAAAUGGAGAGUUCUAUGAGGGCUCUUUCUACAAAGACUACAGGCAUGGGGAUGGACUGUACAGCUGGCCCACAGGCCACAAGUUCACUGGCAAGUUUUACCUCAACAGAAAGGAAGGAUACGGACAACAACUGUUCCCUGAUGGAUCCACCUUUCAGGGUUUGUACCACUCUGACCAGAGGUUUGGUCCAGGUGUGUUUACUUAUCCAGACGGGCGUCAGGAUGUGGGUCUGUGGCUCGGGGAGCGCCUGCUAAGGCUCUGUACGUCUGUAAAAGAGGGCUUUCGCCUGAAGAACUACCCUGAAUAUGCUGCCUUCAUGGACCCAGCUGCCAUCACAGAUUCCCUGACUCAGCCUCCCACUAAUGGUCCACAUACAGAAGCCAGGACAGACUCUGAGGUGGAUACGAACAGAGAUCUGCUGUUAGAUGAGACAUUCAUCCUUCCCCCAGGCAUAGAGAGUUACUCAACAGAUGGUGACCACUUGCCGCUGCCCCCUGGCCAAAGAAGAGUGCUGGAUCAACACUUCAAUGGCGAGCUGUGGGAGCCAGACGCUUAUCCGCACCGAGGCUAUGAGCGAGACCCACUCUCCACCCUGCCCUUACAGGCCCGCAUGCAGGCUCACAUACACAAGCACAGACUACAGGCUGAAAAUGUAGACUGGGACGUGGCAGCUGUUCUCUCACUGAACAGGGAAAGUUUUGGUCCUAAAGGGCCUUUGGAAGUCAGUUCAGAGUUGUUGAUCCAGCACGCCUCCCGAGGGGAACUGCAGGCCGUGUCAGAGAUCCUCAAGACCGGAUUGGUCCACCCCGAUAUAGCCGAUUCACAGAGAAACACUGCACUGAUCGCUGCCACAGUAAACUGCCAUAACAAUGUAAUCCAGCUGUUAUUGGAUAUGGGUGCAGAAAUUGACAAGUUGAAUUGUGAAGGCAUGUCUGCCCUGGCUGUGUGUCAUGUCCUCUACUACCCUUUUCAGUCUCUGCACACCACUUUGGCUGAGACGCCCGCCGAAACUCAAGGUUUGAGGUCUCCAUCUGCAUCGCAAAACAGUCUCCAGAUCAGCCAAGGGGACUUCACUACAGACACACCCAGGACGGAGCACAUCUUACAUCACAGCAGUUACGUGUCUAAUAACAGUGAGCUCAUCACUGAGCGCUGGCCUGGCGUGAAUGAACGUGAGACCCCUGCAGACACUGAGCACAGCAAGGUUAGAGAGAGAGAAGAAGAAAGGAGCAGCAGGGAGGAUGAGAGCAGAGGGGAGGAAAGAGAGCUAGAGAGCAGAUGUGAUGAAACGUGGGAAAAUGGAGAAAGUGAGGUAAAAGGGAAGAGAGAAUCUACGAACGGAGAGGAAGAUGAUGAGCUUGGUGAGAGGAGAGAAAUAGGGUCAAGACAAGAGGAUAUGGAGGAAGAUUUGGAGAAGAGAGUAAGGGAUAAUCCUGAAGAGGAUAUAAAGGAGAGAGGAAGUGAGGACGUGCCUGCUGCGGAGUGUUACAUUCAGGUGUUGGAUGGUCACAUUGUGCUGGGCAGCGUGAAGUGGAGGGAAAGUCGAGCAAAGGCGGCAGGAGGAGUUCAGCAGGGCAAAGAAGACAAAGAGCUGACCCCAAAACCAGGCUUUGACUCCGCCCGCUCCGUCAGCAGCUAUGACAUCCAGGUCACAGAGGAAGCGAUGCAGCGCUCAGCAGAGGCGCUGAGUCGCACCGGGAUCCCUCAGUGCUCUGACACACAGGAGACUGUACGCAAAAUGGCUGUCAUGAAAAUUAAACACCGCGUUCGUUUGAACACCAUAAAGCUGUUAUUGAAACGGGGAGCCGACCCCAACGCAUCCAGGGUCCCCAUGCCUGUCCUCUUUUUAGCCAUUAUGGCAGCUGACACUGAGGCCGUCAGGAGGCUGCUGCUGUGUGGAGCUCGCACUGACAUUCCCCUUUCACCCAAGAGGAAGGGUCUGUAUCCCCUGCAUGUAGCUGCAGCACUGCCAGGUCCAGAAGGCCCCAGAAUCAUAGAGUUGCUGCUCCACGCUAUCACUAACCCAGACGCUCAGGCAUGCGACCAAGAUGAGAUCUACGAACCAGAUAAGAUUUCCAUGAAGGCCCAGGAACCACUGAACACCAAUGAGAACCCACAUCUCAAAGAAGGAGGCCGUACGGCCCUGCACGUGGCCUGUCAGAGAGAGUAUGACUACCUGAAUGCCAGCAAGGUGGUCGCCCUCCUGCUCUCCCACGGAGCCAGCACAGACCUCCUCUGGAGUGGACACUCACCUCUCUCUAUGGCUAUAGCAAGUGGAAAUGACCUGGCAGUGGAGGAGCUGUUGAAGGGAGGUGCAGAUCCCAGCAUCCCCCUGGGUCGCAGGGUGGGCAGCGCCCUGUGUGCCCUCGCCAACAUCAACUACCAUUUGGGUGGCAGCAGAAUUAAGCUGUUGGACAAGUUAGCUAAGGCUGGUGCCGACAUCUUGAUGCCAGUUACGGUGGGUGACGUUAUGGGAACCGCAGUCGACUAUGCACACUACUCCUUCAACCAGGACUUGCGUAUUGCCAAAACUCCCUUCCACGCUCUGAACAUGCAGGAGAGGGAAAUAUUCAAAGCACGGUCCAAGCUGCUGAGAAUGAUGGAAGAGCUGCUAAGACGAGAUGUUUGCCAGAGAGAGAGAAAGAGAGAGAGAUUAGAGAAAGAACAACACCUCACUAGUCAGUACAAUUAUGGCUAUAAAUCAUGGUGUGUGUACUGUAUUUAUGUAACAGGUACCGGGUUUAAGUUCUGCUAUCACUGCGGUCGCUCUGUGUCCAUGAACCUGACUCCGUGUAAACGCUGCAAAAAGGUCUUCUACUGCUCCAAGACCUGCAAACUGAGAGCAUGGGAAAGACACAAGGAAGAUUGUAUCCGGGUAUCAGAGCAUGUAGGAUCUGCUGAUGUCGUCAAGAAGGGUGUUGUGUUUAAAUCCCCAAGAGGCCCCAAGCCCUCGAGUGUCAAGUUGAAAUCCCACAGAGCGUCCAAGCCCUUGAGCAUGGCAGAGAAUGUCUUGGAGGGUGAAACCAAAAUGACGGGAAACUACAGCCACAACUGAUGGAUACUACAAUUGUACAUACUUAAUAACAGCGGAAGUACUUUAUCUACCUAAUACUGUAAUGCACUUCUGUUACAUAAAUUCUUUCUCUGAUUCUGA